AUGUUCUCUCGUCAAGAGUGGUCCUUCGCUCGUUACCUCAUCUUCCUGCUCCUACUAGUGGCGCUGCCUCCCGUUCGCGCCAAGUCACUCGCGUCCUUGCUGGGCCGCCUCUGGCCAACGAUUGCGGGCUCGACAUCCGACUUUCCUUACCCCAACGCCGACUCGUUCUACAUCCCACCCAGUACCUUUGCGGAUGAUACCCCCGGCACAGUCUAUCAAUACCGCUAUGCCAAAAACCCCGGUCGCUCGGAUCUGACCGCCACUCAGGUCUUGUUUCGGACGGUCGACGCCGUGGGCAAACCCGCGACGACGGUAACGACGAUCUUGCAGGCGAACCCGCCGACCGGCGAGGAACAGUAUCUGGUCGCUUGGAAUAUGUACGAGGAUGCCGCAGCUCCACAAUGUGCCCCAUCCUACUGCUUCAAUACCGAUCCUGGGCAGUCCUUCUGUCCAGAUGUAGGCAAGUUGAUGUGCUUUUUUUCAUUCAGUCAGCUGGAAAGGCGCAGUCACUAAGCUCCACCAUGAUGAUGUGCUGUUUAGAUGACCAGUUGAUGUCUUACAUACAAAAGGGCUGGAUCUUGAUCGUGACCGACUACGAAGGCACGAACUCGGGAUUCUCUGUGGGCCACCUCGCCGGCUACCACAUUCUUGACGGAUACCGAGCUGCGAUCAAAUUUAUCUCCUUGCCUCGGAAGAUCAUUCUGGGAGGCUUCGGCUACUCCGGUGGUGCGCUCGCAACAGGAUGGGCCGCGUCUUUGCACAAUACGUAUGCUCCCGAGCUCAAUAUCAAAGCAAUCACGCUUGGCGGCACUCCGACGAAUGUGACUUCCACCUUGAUGCACCUCAAUGGUGGCCUGUACGCCGUGAGUUGCGGUCCCCGGCCUCACACAAUCACUAGACGCGCCAGCUCACUGUCUGGUCUGGCCCGUGAUCUCACGAUCUGACACAGGGCUUUGGGAUGACCGGACUGGCAGGACAACUGGCCACGUUCCCUGAUCUCAACUCACGCUUCAACCAAAUCGCGACACGGUUCGGCCAUUCCAAGAUCAGUGCUGCGCAAAGCCAUUGCGCAAACUACGCACUCUUGAACUUUGCCUUCAGUGACAUCUUCUCAACGAAAUUUCAGUCCCUGGGCAAAGAUAUCUUGUACGAUCCUGUGGUCUCCAAAUACCUCAAGAGAUCCAUAAUGGGUACCAAAUCGUCCGAAACGCCCACGAAACCAUCAAUCUGCAUGUUCCACAGUAACAUGGAUGAAGUCAUCCCGUAUGAGGCUGCGCAAAAGACCGCUCAUGCCUGGUGUCGCCGCGGCGCCAAGAUCAAUUUUGUGACCAUCAAUGGCAUCUCCGGGCAUACGGGUACUCAGAUGGCCUAUGGCGACACCGCCCUCGCCUGGCUCGAUGGCGAAAUGCGAGGGGACAUCGCACCCCUCACGAAAUGCUCCUUCACUUCCGAUCUUAGUCUUUCGUUGCCGAUCAGGAAACGCUCUCGCACGCAUACUUUGCGAUCACAUUCUCGCAAGAUUUAG